AUGGAUCAGCCCCAGCAAGAUGGCAAGCCUCUACGUGCCCCACCCUUGAAUGAUACACCAGUCGACAAAACAGAGGGUCGAAAUGUGACUCGCUCGGCCCCAUUUACCCUGCCCCUUCCACUCAACACCCACAAUGUUGUUACCAACGCACAUAUACACGAUUUGCAGCUAUUCUCAAAAGACCUCUCAGCGGCGGUGCAAGCGGUAUGGGCAACCAGACAUGAAAGCCGAUAUUCAGACGUAAAGGUUCUGAUAUUAAGCUGGGAAGACGAUGAUCUUGGAGUAUACAGGGAAAUUGAAGACUUGAAGAGAACCUUUUGUGAUCUAUUUCACUACGAAGUUACCGAGUGGUGGAUUCCUCAGCACAAACCAGAAAGAAAGCUCAAUCUCGAAGUCGGCAAGUUUCUUGAGAGAUAUGAUAGCAAAGACCGCUUAUUGAUUGUAUAUUACGCCGGGCAUGGAUUUUUGAAUGAGCAACGAGUACCAAUGUGGGCUGCGAAUCGAGGUCCCUCAAGCCCAACACUUCCAUCCAACUCAAUCCAAUCUCAGUUGGAGGAGGCUGAUUCGGAUGUUUUAUUGUUGUUGGACUGUUGCCAUGCGGCACACCCUACAUUGACAGAUUCAGAUCAUGGUGUAACAGAAGCCAUCGCGGCCUGUGGGUUUGAGACGACAGCUUCGGGAGUAGGGCCACACUCUUUCACCGAUGCCCUCAUUCGCGAGUUAGAAAUCGCGAGCCAAGGACCCCCAAUCGCGGUAGCAAAGUUGCAUGGAAGAAUCCUUUGGAGACUUAAGACCUGGAAACCUUCAUUGCAGCGUGAUCGGGAUGGUAACUUGUGGCAGAACGAAGAUGGUACAAUCCCUACUGAAGCAGAGCAACGGGUAACGGCGGUACACUGUUUUCUGACGAAUGAGACGAUAUACAGAAGUAUCAUGUUAGCACCUCUCAAGUCUGGGCUAAAUCUGCCGUCGGUAUCGUCCCCGCAAACAGGAAGCUCGCCUUCGAGUCUAGCGUCAGCUUCUGGUUCAACAGCAUCUCACGUUGGUGACGAGAGUAGAUCAUCGUCUGGGAAGACAACGAGUAGUGACCUCCACGAGCCAGAUCAAGCCCAGGUACUCGUAUCGAUUAGCAUUGACAGUAACGAAAUCGAGAAUAAUCCGAGUGAGAAUGUCAGGAUAUACACAGAGAUAUUACGCCUGUUACCUGCAUCUGCGACCAGAAUCAAAGUCGAAGGCUUUUACGGCAGUUUCUCGAAACUAGUCCUCAUUUCGAUGCCAGUUUGUGUAUGGAACAUGCUUCCUGAGAAUCCAGCGUACUCUUUUGUCGGCUUUGUCACAACAAAAAACAUGAUGCAAGAUCUACAACUAGCAUCAGGGACAAAAUACCGAGACCCCACCAAAAGAUAA